AUGCUCCAGACGUCAUGUACUGACAAUUCAGAAGAACAAGAGCCAACAAAUGGCGCCAAUCUUCCAGCGAAACUAUCCUCCGCGACUGAGCCCGCUGAGGAGAACAAGCCUACUCCAGACACCAAGACCGUUGAUGACGCGAAAUCUACCAAUGAGACAGAACCCCGCUCGCAGGUUCCCACAUCUGUAGAUACAACUCCCAAGGAGUCUGUUACUGAGUCGAAUGUGGGUGAGAAGCGGGAGCACGAGGCGACACCCGCGACAGUGGAAGCGGGUAAAACUGGCGCUGAUGAUGCCAAGGAGCCUGCAACCAAGAAGAAGAAGAGGAAUGAUGCAGAGAAAAAUGGGCCGGAGACCGCACCGCCAUUUCCUACGACUGCGAAGCACACUAAGAAAGGCCAAACUACAAAUGGGGACAAGAAGAGUGGGCGAUCCAAAACUGCAAAGGAAUCUGUCAAAAGAGAGCCCCCGACGGAUGGUAUCAGUAGUCGAACACGCAGUCGCACUAAGGUUGCUCCUUAA